AUGGUUGAACGUAGCAAGGUUGAACAAUCCUUGAAGUCAAACUUGAAGAGGAAGGCCGUAGAAGUUGAGCAUAGAAAGUCAAACAGCUUGGCCUCAAUGGACGCGCAGAGGAUGGUGCGCUCGCAUCAGCCUCAAAUCCCUUCAGGGCUCAUCCCGGGGUUCACCACCAAGAAGGCUAGCCCAUUCAAGAUCCCUGCUCUCCCCAAGUCAGUAUGUGCCGGCAACUCACGCCCUAGAGCACAACAGGUUGUGUCCACUGCCAUGGACAUUGAUGAAGUCGAUAGCAACACCUCCACAUUAGGGACCGACUACUAUGGUGGCCUCGAAGAUGAAGAUGAAAGCAUUGAAGGCGCCGCGGUUCUCCCAAUCAUGGCCAAGCAGCGCAACAGGGAGUCUUUGAACAGAGAGAAGGAUCACCAUCUUGAGAAUCGUGACAUUCGCAUCUCCCCUGGGCAUGGGCACACGCAAGCCUCGCAGAUGCACAACGUCAAUCGUAACGCAGAGAUGCCAGCUGAUCUCCGUAAUGACGAAGAUAGCAUCGAGGAAUUCAAGAUUCUUCCUCACCACACGCCUGCGGGUGUCAAAGUCCAUUACCACCUCCCUGACACUGAUCAAUCACCUCAGCUGUCGCAGCCGCACAAUCAUCCCAAGGCCGGGCGCUCCAUUGGGUUUACGACGGACGAUCUGCCUGCUGGAACCCAGGCACGCUGGCGACGUGUCUUCGUUCCAUCCUGGCGCGACUUUGUGGGCACAUUUGAAAACCCGUGGGACGUAUCAAGCAUGAUCAGCCAGCUUCAACAGCUUUGGGACACUGUAUUCCCACAUGUCCCUCACACAGUCGCACCCACUGAGGCUGUGUACUGUCUGGCUAUGCAACGCAUCUACGAAUGGCGCAACGGGUUCACAAUUGCCGCGCUGCAAGCCGUCAAAUCGUUCUGGAACGGCGAUCCAGCCUACCGUGACCUCAACGACAAUCGCUCCCGACAGGAAGAUCCCUUUCCUAUGGAACUUUGUCGAUGA